UUCGGAAAACCAAGUUUCCAGUGUCUAUGAAGAAACUGCCACUCACAACAUGGCGAAAUCACAGACUACUCAAUUUCCCGAAGCGACUUUCGAAAAAUGGCGCCUCCUCCUGGCCUCUUGCUUCGCAGUAGAGGAUUAUCAUUAGCAAGUGCUGGAGGUACCAUAGGAUGCUGCGGAACACGCCCAGUACAUUCACCUCUCGUGCAGUCUGGUCUUUACACAUUGAUCUUAGCCAGGGACGAGGAUCUGGAGAAGAACCAUAUGUACCCUAAGCAUGUGGCGGUGCACUGGUUGACUGCAUCAAGCCGGGGUGACUGAAGCAAGCUGGAGAAGCUGCAGCCCCUGUGGUAACUAAUCCUUAACAAAAUUAGCAUACACGCGUUAUUCUAGAGGGGUUACAUCGAUGUCAUAGCUUUAAAACUUUCGGAUAAGGAAAAUUCUUACAGCCCGCUGCUAUGUCAUCUAUUUUUGUAAGCAGUUGUUUAGGUUAUCCUCACCGUUUUGGAUAAACCGCUGUAUCACAUUAACAAGCGUCUAAACUGAACCAUGAUGUCAACUACUACGGUCUGGUUUUAUGUGGGGUCGAUUAUGAUAACAAAAUAUGGCAAUACACAGACGUGAAAACAUUGACACACACAAACAAGAAAUUAUCAUGUCUGUAUUUCUCUUAUUGUUUUUGGUUUAUCUCUGGGAAAGAAGGGAUUUAAUAACAUCGAAAAUGUUUUCAUUUAUUUUAUUCAUUAAACAAACGAUAUUAACAAAACUGUUGUAUCCAGUUUAGGAAAAAAAAACCCCGGAUAUUCUACUCUCAACAGCUACUCUUACUGAAAUAACUUCAGUGACACACUUAUUGUCAUCUAAUAAUUUGUAGCCUAUCAUCACUCUAAAGAAAUUGCUCCACUCCACAUCAUCAGCUGUGAGAUGUUCAAGAUGUUUCUUGUCUCAUCACACAGUUAGGUCUAAGCUUUGCUAUAGCCUACAAUUUUCAUUUUUGUUCAGUGGUUGCAGUAGAAUAGAAAUCUCAUAUCUUGUCCCUCAGGAGGAAAGUGUGUUAGCAGGUAUAUGUGUGAAUUUACUUAGGUUAUUGUAUCAUUUUUAUGUUUCAUGAUCCAGUUCUGUUUCAGCUUUAGAUCUUUACAAAUGUCCUAUUUUCCUCAAGCUCCUGCCGAUUGCUGGUGGGAUUCACAGUGGAUUCUGUGGUGAGCUGACCAUGUGCAGCUGCAGCAAAGAAAUCCUGUUGGACCAUGAUGUUCGCUUCAACAGUCAGAACCCCAAACUAAAUGUCUAAAGUUGAAAGAGUGCAAACCCUCCUGCAAAAUGCUGAGUAAUGAUUAUGCUCAUCAACUGGUGUAAUACAAUUGUGUGGGAUUUUGGGUAAUUUAAAUGGGAAUAAAUGUGACCGAUGGCUGGGUCAAACAUGAGUCCACCUUUGGCUGUGAUGGCUGUGGUGGUCCUCUCUGUCCUACUGGAAGGAUCCAGCCACGCAGCCCCUGAGAUGGACCCCUACAAAAUACUGGGAGUAACCAGGAGUGCGAGCCAGGCAGAGAUCAAGAAGGUCUACAAGCGCCUCGCUAAAGAAUGGCAUCCUGACAAAAACAAAGAUCCAGGUGCUGAGGACAUGUUCAUCAAGAUCACAAAGUCUUAUGAGAUCCUGUCCAGCGAGGACAGACGUGCCAACUAUGACCGCUACGGGCAGACUGACGACACCCAGGCUUACAGCAGCAGCCGAUACAGACAUCGCCAAGACAACUUCUACUUUGACGAGUCCUUCUUCAACUUCCCAUUCAACACUAAGAACCACAGAGACUUCACCGACAGCAAGUACGCGCUGCACUUCAACCAGUACGUCAGCGAGGUGGUGCCUGACAGCUACAGGAGGCCGUACCUGAUAAAGAUCACCUCCGACUGGUGCUUCAGCUGCAUCCACAUCGAGCCCGUGUGGAAGGAAGUGGUGCAAGAGAUGGAGGGUCUAGGCGUCGGAAUAGGUGUGGUCGAUGUUGGCUACGAGAGGCGCUUAGCCAAUCACCUCGGUGCCCACCGCACCCCAUCCAUACUGGGUGUCAUCAGUGGAAAGGUGACGUUUUUCCAUUAUGCCGUAGCAAAAGAACACCUGAGACAAUUUGUGGAAGACCUCCUCCCUCAGAGAGUUGUGGAGAGGAUCACCGACAAAAAUGAGCAGCAGUUCUUAAGCAGCUGGCAUGAGCUCAACAAGCCACACGUGCUUCUGUUUGAUCAAGUUCCUGCCGUCCCUCUGUUGUUCAAACUAGCAGCGUUUGCUUACAAGGACUACCUGCAGUUUGGUUAUGUGGACCAGGGCCUGGCGGAGACGGCUGAACUGCAGAAACGGUUUAACAUUAACACUUACGCGCCGACCAUGCUGGUCUUCAAGGAGAACACCGACAAGCCUGCUGAUAUCAUACAAGCUAAAGGAAUGAAGAAACAAAUUAUCGAUGAGUUCAUGUCAAACAACAAGUUCCUCCUUGCACCGCGGCUCGUCAAUCAGAAGCUCUUUGAUGAGCUCUGUCCCGUCAAACAGUUUCACCGACGCAGGAAAUUCUGCGUUCUGUUGAUGACAACUGAUGAAGAGACAUAUUCCUCUGGACACCAGGAGUUUCUCUCAUUUGCAUCUACCAACACAAGGGAUGUUGUGAGGUUUGCUUAUGUGUACCAACGGCUGCAGCAACCACUCUGUGACAUCCUCAUGCACGGUGAGAACAGCGCUCAGUCAGCGCCGCAGGUGGUGAUACUGGAGAGGCGAAACACAGCCGGAAGAGCUUUGUUCAAGCCAGUUACAGCCUGGAACGGCAGCGAGGAGGACAAGCUGCGUCUCCUGGAGGAACUGGAGCGACUUCAGAAGGACCCGUCCAUCCUCAUACAUGACGCCAUUCUACCUGAACUCAACAAUGAGUUUGCUUCGAUGUUUGUAGUCCGGUGGAUCUAUGCGUCGUAUGACUACCUCUCAGAAGUUAUUGAUGAUAUCCUUCAUAACAACUGGCGUGAGAUGAUGCCUCUUCUGUCCCUCAUCUUCUCGGCUUUGUUCAUCUUGUUUGGGACUGUGGUGAUCCAGGCCUUCAGUGACUCCAGUGAAGAUAAACAGAUGAAACCAAAGGUGAAGGAUGGGACUAAAGCAGAAAAUGGAUCAUCAGGGAGCCGACCUCCAAAGAAGAAUUUCGUGGAAGUGACAGAGUUGACCGACAUCACCUACAUCAGCAACCUGGUGAAGCUGAGGCCUGGACACAUCAACAUAGUCCUGGUUCUCACUGAUGCCUCCAAAAAUAUCCUUCUUAGCAAGUUUGCCAAAGAGGUGUAUUCUUUCACAGGGACCCAGACGCUGCACUUCUCGUUCCUGAACCUCGACAAGCACGGCGAGUGGAUGAGCACGCUGCUGGAAUACACUCAGGACGCGGCGCAGAUCGAUGCGGACGAGGACGACAGCGGUGUAGUCCGUAAGACGGACUACACCGGGUUUGUGCUGGCCCUGAACGGCCACAAAAAGUAUUUGUGUCUCUUCAAGCCGGUCUACACUGGAGAGGACCUCGACGGAAAGUCAUCUGAAGACGAAGCAGGGACGUCAGCGGGCAAGCCGAGGCCCGGUUCCCGUGACGGUCAUCCUCAACGCAAAUCGAGUCGAUCCCGCAGCACGUCCACCUUGCAGAUCCACCACAAACUGGACCGUCUGGGGCUUUGGAUGGAACGACUCAUGGAGGGCACCUUGCCUCGUUACUACGUUCCUGCCUGGCCAGGGCUUGACAAGAUCACACCAAGUAAGUAGAUCGAUGUGGAAAGGCUUCAUAUUCAGCUCCUGUGACUCUGAUACGGAGGAGGUUUGGCUAAAUAUGCCCUGUUUUCUAUUAUAGACCUUUAAUGGAGCAAAUUUCUGAUAAACAGAAUAAACAUAAGUUAACCAUUGAGGAGCUCUGUGAAAGUCCUGCUGGGUUCCCCUUCGAAAAUAACCCCAGGCAACCUUUAGCAAUGUUUAUUCUUUUACUUUUGAUUCCCAAACACAACUCUUUACCCCUUAACUUUCACUGGUUUUUCCGUGUCUGAACCUCAGCUCCCUACUAUAAAUAAGAACAGAGACGGAUCAGAAACCCGGCACAGCUUGUGCCAAUCACGCUCAUUCUGGUGCUGUUCCCUGAUCCACUUUAUCAACUCCACUCUGCAGCUGGAAAUAUUUCCAUGCCCCGCCUUCACAGUCUCAUAAUGUUGUGUGCUUUUACUCAGUCAUUAAACUGGAAUAAUAAAAUCACUGUGGCCUCUGCUCCUGCUGACAUUGGGUCAGCAAGUCAGACGCUGUGCAACAUGAAUAAUCAGUUUUCAGACAGUCCCAGAAAAGCUGAAGAAGGGGAAUUUAGCUUCCUGCUGCCUUGUGUCGAAUCUUUGUGCUGCUGUGGUACGAAUCGCUCGUGGCUGGUUUGUUGUUGGUUUUGGAAAGUUCUUAUAAAAUCCAUGUAAUUAUUUAAGCAGUUAUAAAGCUGUGUUUAAAGAAAAAAAAACUGUGAAUAAAAAUGCAUGAAACUUAUAUUUAAUGUCUUGGCCUUUUUAUGCAUCUAAAAAAUAUUAACAUUUUUUGAAAUGUUAAACAGAUUAUACUGCUGUGAUGACCUGAAGGUGCACGCUGUGGUUUUCCUUGGUCCUGAGCUCCAGCAGAAAAAGAAAACAUGCUCUUGCUUUUGUUAAAUGCAAAGUAUAUUAUACCUGUGAACAUUUAACAAAUGACUUUUUCAAAUAACCUUUCAGUAGCCUUCUCCUGCUUAAAUCAACUUAACCGACAGUAGCUUUAUGUAGCCUUGAACCCGACAGCAUUUUUCAAAGACUUGCGUAUUUUCUAAGAGACACUACGAUUUACUGACACGCCGUCCUCCGUCCAUGAGUGAACGUGAAACUGUUUGAUACUUUUUCUAAUAAUUUAAACAGAGCAGUAAAUUGUUCCAGAUUGUGUCAAAUUCAUUUAAUGUGUUGUAAUUCAGUCCAUUUUAUUUGCCCAGGGCAGCAAACAGGUUUAUUAAUAAAGACAAGAAUUGUGAAUUUAUUUUGACUUCUUUUGUCAUUUCUUUAGUUAUUCAUGAAGAGUCUGACUGAUCAUUUUGGACAAGACAGCAACAUUUAUUUUCUAUAUUUUUCUACUGAAUUUAUUAAUAUUUAUCAAAGACCCA